GCCCAUGACGCAGGCAUUCUUCAGUUUCUUGUACCAUGAGGUAUCAUUUUUCCCUUCUCUGACUGUGACCACCACUACUAUAAAAAUAGGCAGUUCUCUCCAUCUUAAAUGACGAGUUCCACCGACAUCUUUUUAUAGGUUAAUAAAAACGGCAGAAAAAAAAAAAGACGUAAGAAGAUGACCUGUUGGAGUGGGGAUAGUAUAUAAGAAGCAAACUGGUUUGCCGCGGCUCACUACUACACGCAACGCCGGAUCGGAAAGAAGCAGCAGAAUCCGAGAAGCCUCAACAACUGCAGGCCCAGGAAAACAGCGAGAAGCAGCAGAUAGACAGACGAGGCCACAGGCCCAGCAGAAGGGGCCAGUGCACACUAUGGUGACAGAGGGGGAGGUGUGGUGGCACAGAUGUCGGUGGUGGUACGUCCCUGUGGUAGCCGUUCUGCUAGUGAUCUCUGGCCAGACUUGCACCUCCGCCUCCUUGUCAGUCUCCAAAGACUCCAGUGCGUCCAAAUCUAACACCACGCAGCUGCAAGACACCACUGAUUCUUGGAAUGAUGGAAGUCCUAGUAUUAAUGAAAGGAAGCAACAUGAUUCAGACGAAGGAACCAUAGUUGCCGGUACACAUAAGGUAGACGAUAGCGAGGAUAAUAUCAAUGAAGAUAGAAUUGAAAUCGUCGAGAUGAGAAGUGAAAAGGAAAGGAUUAGUAAUUAUGAAAAUCUUCACAAGGAUGUGCUUACGCUGGAGGAGGUAAAGAGAAAAAUGGAAGAAAAAGAUAACUCUCCUGAAGUAUUCCGUCCAGACGUAGUGGAGAAUAAAUUACAGCGCCUCUUGGCCUUCUUUGACCCGGCCAAGCAGGACGGGAGGAGCGGCGUCAAUGACAGAGUUAGUCUGUGGGAGUUCUUGGUGAACUAUGUUACCGGCAACGUUCAGCCUCCAUUGCAUCACCAGUCCUACACUAAAGCAAUAGAGGAGCCUCCACCAACCCAUCCUUGUGACAAUGUCCCCGGAAGCUAUAACCAAUGGUUUCGCAACGCGGUACCCCGGAGAGUGGUGGUAGCAGGAGGUGGAGUGGCUGGCUUAGCCGCCCUCACCACCCUCAUCAGACUGAAGGUAGACGAUGUGUUGCUUCUCGAGGCUACCGAUCGCAUGGGAGGUCGCGUAAAGACAGUCGUUCACGGUAACUGGGUGGCAGAGGAAGGGCCGGGACUAAUCCAGGGAGGCCGCAAGAACCCCAUAUACCAGAUCGCCAGAGAGGAGGGAGCUCUCGGUGAGCCUGUUGACAAUACUCUGCAAGCUGAAAACGUGGUGACAAGCAGAGGGCAGGAAGUGAUCCGCGCUGUCAAAGAGCUGCAUGCAAGCAUCCAGCAACACCUGCGUCACACUUUUGACACCAAGGAGCUAGAAGAUUAUUACGACAAGUCACUUGGAGAGUUUCUCAGCAGCAGACACCAGUGGUUAUGGGGGCCGACAAGAGAGCUGAGCCUUAGGGCAGCGUCAGAACACAUCAUUCAUCAGGGUGUGAAUAUUCAGUUUGGCUCCUACACCUGGUUCAACAUAUCGGCUCAUGAUGCAGAUAAUUUCAUGGCGCUUGGACAAGAUCACACCUGGCAAGGUGGGAUGGAAGGUCUGGUACACACAUUGAUGAACAAGGUACCCAAAGGGCAGGUAAGAAUGCUGAACCCUGUCUGCAAGGUGUAUUGGGACCUUCCUGAUGGACUUCAUACCCUGGUGGUGACUGCAGAUGGGUCUUCCUACCUUGCUGACCACGUGCUAAUAAUGCUUCCACUGGGUGUGCUGCGAGAGCGACACAGCCACACCUUUGAACCACCACUCCCUACUAGCUUAUCAAGAGCAUUAACAUUGGUGGAGCCUGGAACAGUCAACCAAAUCAACCUUGGAUGGGCCUCACCAUGGUGGGGCAGUGGACCUUUCCAUAUGGAUGUCUUCUGGAAUAACAAUGAUUUUCCCCCAGAAAUGGAUUGGGUAUCCAAUAUAGUGCAAGUGAAGGGCAUAUAUCACCACCUUGCUAUGCUGCAAAUGAAAGUGACAGGAGAGGCUUCAUUCAUUAUGGAGAGAUUGGAUCCAGAAACUAUUAUCUCCCAUCUCAUCACCUUCCUGCGUGCUACCAACAAGAACAGUAUUGUACCUCUGCCACUCUUUUUCCACAGAUCUAAGUCCGGUGAGAACAUGUGGGCGCGAGGAUCUUAUCAGUCUUAUGUGACAGCAGGAAGAGGUGCUUUCCAUCUAAAGGAUCGCUCUCCACUUGCUGCAAGGCUUUACAACUCCAGAAGGAUUCAAUCUGUGUUCUUUGGAGGAGAGCAUACAUCUACAACGCGAUUUGGCACUGUAGAUGGAGCAUUUCUGUCAGGAGUGAAGGGAGCUCUCUGGGUUACAGAUCAACUGUGGCAGGAAGGAGGAAAGAACAACACAUUGCCCUCCAACUGUCCCCAAAAUGUGCUAAGGAAGACUUAUUACAAUCUUUACAGACAUCCAGAAAGAUAUCAGGGUAUUGUGUCUUGUGAUAAUCAUGACAGAAAAAAAGUACCUAAGAAAAGGAAAAGAAAGAUGAAAAACAUAAAGAAAAAGAAUAAACACACUCAGUUUGUGCCAGAAUAUUUGUUUCAGAGGACAAAAUCAAAUUCAACUCAGACACUGCAGAAGAAUUUGGCAAAAAAGACAGUAAGUAAUGGUUACAUAAAUAAAAAAAGAUUUAUAACCACACCCAAUGAAGAAUUUUCCAAAGUAAAAUUAUUGAAUAAUAGUACUGAUCGGAAAAACACACCAAAAAAUUCAAGUGGUAAGCAAAUUAAAGUAGCUAUAUUAAAUAAUAGAAAGAACAAAAAAGAAACAAGUCAUUUGGUGCCUUAUGAAAAAAUUAUUGAGAUGCUUAUAGAAAGGCUAAGUGAAUCAACUGAAGAUUUUUUACAAAGUGAAGAAAGUUAUCCUGGUAGAUUGGUAGCUCAAAGAAAGAAGAGUAUCAUGAAAAAGAAAAUAAAACUGAAGAAAAGAAGAAUGCAUAAAAAUAAAGGAAUGGUCUCCCCUCAAAACAGUGAUAGAUCAUCAGUCAGUGUUCCACAAUUUGAUAGGACUUUGAAUAUUUCAGGUUCUCAACAUUCUAUUAACAAUGAACAAAACAGUGAAACUCAUCUUCAUGUUUAUUUGUCACAUCCCAAAAAUCUCUUAAAUCUCACAACCGUAUCAGACCAAAAAGAUGUAAGAGAUGUAGAAAACAAUGGCAAGAUAAUAUUAGACAAGGAAAAGACACCUCAAUCCCUAUCUACAACAAAACUCGGAGAAAGAGAUGACCAACAAUCAAUAAUAACCUAUAAUAAUUUUCAUUUGCAACAAGAUCAACAAAAUCUUCCAACAAGCUCAAAGUUAAGAACUAGCUUGAGUUCUAGUGAAGUGGAAAACCAUUUUUAUUCUAUAGCAAAUUGGGAUGAUGACCCAAAAAUGGCAAAUGCAUUCACAGGCCACCUUAGCAACAAUGAAAGUUUUUUAUCCUCAAAUUAUACACCUCUGCAGUCCACAGUCAACCAUGAUCUAAUGCCAAAUGCUACUCAGAGUGCUACAAGAGUUUCUAGCACUCAGAUGCAAAUUGGGUUGCCUCUUCAAAAAUCCAAUUCAAAAGAUGAUGCACUUAAAAUUUCUGGUCAUGUUAUCUCUAAAAUACACAGCAUUGAAUGGGGAAAAAAUAAUACUACUUUCCGCGAAUUUAGUAACAGAAUAAAAGAGAGAAAGAAAAGACGUAAGUACAAAAGAAGAAACAAGUCAAAGAGAAGACCUAUGAAGAAACAACAAAAGAUCAAACACUUUUUGCAGGAAAUAAUAAGUAAAAAAAUUAAUGACAAUAUCCGGGAUAUUGAUAAAGAAAAGACUCAAAUGACUUCAACAACUGAGCCCUCUGAAUUGAAUGAAGACCAUGCUAAUACCAAAAGUUUGUUAAGUUUCUUGCCGUAUUUCAAAAGAGUCAAUGUUACAAGUAUGUUACAGCCAGUUAGAAACCUUCAGCCAAGCACUAAUACAUACAGUACUCUUUUGAUAUCACCACAUCAUGAAAUACCAAGGUUGGAUAUGGAAAAUAAAAGUAAGAAACAAAAUUAUUCAGACAUGUCAAUAUGAAAAUACAGAAUCCUCUCACUAUGACACCUAUGGAAUAAGAAAUGCUUAUUGGAUUUCAUGCAUCAACUUGUUGAAGAGUCUCAAGUGUUGAUUUCAAUAUCUAUCUCACUGAAUAUUGGUCCAAGACAUGAUGUUGAAAGACCUGUUUUUAAACCCAGAAUUCUUAAUGUUAGUUGGUCCUGCACUACAAUGCUCUGAGAUCUGCAGCCCACAAUUAGCCAAUCAUAAUGCUGUGCUGACUUAACUUAGAUUCUGUUGAGUAGCAUGCAGCAUUAGCUGCCUGCACAUUUUCUCUCAAACUGUCUUCAGUUCAUUUGUGGCUGUUGUGCACUCAUUAACAUUGUUGAGUUUAAGAAUUGCAGUUUCUUUAAGGGUAUUAUUUUUUCCUGUUCGUUUCUCUCCUCCAGACAAGAUGGGGAGUUGGGUGACAUAUGUUGCAUACUUGUGUUUGCUUGUAUCAGCAAAUGAAGAGGGAAGCUAGUAAGCUUAUUCCAUUGUUAGGAAAUACCUUCAAAUAACUAGUCUAAGUUAAAACAAUCAUUUACAGUAAGUCUCCUAUAAUUUUUCCUUUGCACAACUGUAUCAUUAUCAACUUUUUAACCACAAACAUGUCUAAAGUACUGCUAGUGUUAUUUUAAGAAGUGGUAGACUGCUUCACUGAAGGAGCACAAUGGAGCUGAUGAGUGUGUGUUGCAGGUCAUGGGCUUGUGUAUUGUUACCCAUAUGGGUGCAGCUGUAUUCCACCAUGCUGGCAGGAUUUUACUUGUUCCUUUCUCACUUAGAUUGUAUUGCUACCCGUAUGGGUGUGGUUGUGUUUUAAUGUGCAGGUGGUGUUCUACUUGUUUCUUUCUCAUUUCAUAGUUCUGCAAUGUGGUGUACAGUUGAACACUAAUAUGCUGAUUGUAAGCUGUUGACUGACAUUAUGAUAAAUGUACAAUAAACACAUUAAACCCUUCAUAAUGAUCAAUCAGGACCACCUCAUAGUAAGAGACAAUAAGUAAUCUAUGUGUGGUGGAAGAGUGACUCAUGUACUAUUUGCAUGCAGAAAAUAGUGAACACAAAAAUUAAUGUAUAAUUUGUGCAAGGACAUAAUUUCCCACAACAAUAUGUUUUCUUUAUAUUUGUGAUUGUAAAAUCAGUAACUAAAGAUUGUUAUGGUAUUUUUGAGCCAGACAAAUAUCUUAAUCUAGUUUAAAACUUUUGACUAACUAUCUUAGAAUGAAAUAAAUAUAUAAAUAAGUACUUUUAUAAUCAAAUUGUUCAUAAGACACCAUACACUGAGAUGCCUUGACUAAGCCAGUCAGUGAGAUUGCCAAUUAAUCUAGUACAGAAUAAAAUUAAAUUCAAA